AUGUCGACGGCUUCUCCCCUUCACCACGGCCACGGCAACGGGAGCUACGGCACCAAUUCGCCUGCUCCCACUGGCGUCACCGGCCGCGAUGCCGGCGUAGCGGCUGCCGCUGUCACUGACUCGGCUGUUCGUUCCGGCUCGGUCGGUGCCUCCGCCUCCGGCAGCGCCCCCGGCUCUGCCUCUGGAUCCCUGUACGGCGAGGGCCACGCUCAUCACAACACCCACCACCACCACUCGGGUCACCACGCUCACUCGCACGGCGCUCUGGCUAGCCCCGUCAACGGCGGCGGACACAGCUCGAGCUGGUCCCCCUACGGAUACCCCUCGGCUCCCGUGUACGGAGGCAGUCCUAGCCCCUAUGGCCACAACGCCUACUCGCAGUACGCCAGCGGCUACGGCUACACCAACGGCACCACCCACCACGUCGCCACUGCCCCGACCACCCCUGCUGCCAACGGCACCACCUACCACACCGGUGUCAACGGCAUGAUGAUGCACCACGGCCAGCACGCUGGCUACGGAUACGGCAGCCACCAUCUCGGAUCGCACACGCCCACCCACAAUCAUAGCCACUCGUCCGCCUACUUUAUGAACGGUGAUGGCUCCCACAGCCACCUCAACGGCUCCACCCACCUCUCGUCGCCAUCGUACACCUCGGCGCCCCAGUACUCGACCCAGCUGCCCCUCGCCGGCCGACACCGUGUCACCACCACCCUGUGGGAGGACGAGGGCACGCUCUGCUUCCAGGUGGACGCUCGCGGCGUCUGCGUGGCCCGAAGGCACGACAACAACAUGAUCAACGGCACCAAGCUCUUGAACGUUUGCGGCAUGUCGCGCGGCAAGCGUGACGGCAUCCUCAAGAACGAGAAGGAGCGCAUCGUCGUCAAGGUCGGCGCCAUGCACCUCAAAGGUGUCUGGAUCUCGUUUGCGCGUGCCAAGCAGCUCGCCGAGCAGAACGGCAUCGCCGACGCGCUCUACCCGCUCUUUGAGCCCAACAUUCAGUCGUUCCUCUACCACCCGGACAACUACCCGCGCACCGCGGCUGUGAUUGCCGCCGCUCAGGAGCGCCAGGCCCAGCGACAGCGCGCUCCGGGCCUCCCCAGCCCUGGUGCUAACGGCGCCUCGCAGGCGCCUCCUCUGAUGCGAGCCAACACCACCCCUUCCAACGGCGACACGUCGGGGUUUGGUAGCGGGCUGAGCAGCAGCACGAGCUGGACUGGCUCGCACGACCAGGGCCACGCCUCGGCUCCCACCACGACUCAGCCCUCGCCCUCGUCGAUGCACAACGGCGCCACUCAGAUGCACAUGAGCCUCUCGAGCCACGGCACCUCGUCGCCCACCUAUUCGCAGCAACAGCAGCAGCAGCAGCAGUACCCGAUCACGCAGGCACAGCAGCUCGCGCGACCCGGAGUCGGCGACCGACGCCAGUCGGCGCCCAUCUCGCUCAACAGCGUCAACGGACACGCGGGCGACAACGCGUACGGCGCUGCCAACCUGGGUGCUGCUACCGCCAACGGAGGCCUGAUCAACGGCGCACGCAAAGUGUCGGGUCUUAAGCGCUCGUGGAACGACGCCGAGGACCUCAACGGUUCCGCCACCGCCUCGCCUUCGGACCGCGACAUGCAGCGAAGCGGAAGCGGCGCGUCCACCGGCUACAAGCUCGAGGGCGACGACUCGAACAGCCCCGACACGUCGGCUGAUCGCAUGGCCAAGAAGAACAAGGCGAUGCCGCAGCGCACUGCUGCCAUGCCUUCGAUGUCUGGCAACAUGCUGAUGGGCGUCGGCUCUGGCAACGGCCUUCACCACGAGUAG